GGCUAGAAAGCCUAAGGGGUGACUACCCAUGUUAAGUCUUUGUGAACUUAAUUCAACACAUAACUCGCUACUUAUAAACACCUAAAGAAACCCCAUUUGUAUUGUUUUGCCUUUCUUAACAUACAUCAACUCAACUCAAUUCUUUUUCUUUCUUUUUCUCUCUCAAAGUGUAAGUGUAGCCUCAAACCCAUCAAAGUGUCAAUAAUUUCUUUAUUGUAAAUGUAUGUUGUCUAGCCUUAGCUUUACUUUUCUCUUGUCUUGCUAAAACAAAGCCUAUUACAUACACCCAACUCUUUCUUUCUUUGUUUCUUUUCCUCUCUCUUCCUGAUCCACACUGUUGUCAUAUUAUUGGUUUGUAAUGGAAUCACUGUCAGAGAAUGAAUGGUUAGGAAGCCUACAUCAGUGUCCUUCUUCUGCUAAUCUUUUUUGUGAGUUUAUUUUUACUUUUUUUUUUCUUUUUUCUUUUUAUUUAUAUUUACUUGGCAUUAGCUGUUCUUGUUUAAUGUUUAUUGUUAUCCUCCUUUCCUAAUUGUUUGGGCCUUCUCUAUUUCUUCCCACUUUCUUGGAUUAUCUGUGCCCCAAUUUGACAGUCUAGAAGUUAUAUACAUCACAGCAAUCUGCUUGGUUUCUCAUAAGGAUAGUAUAGGGAGGAUAGAUUUGUAAAGGAGAAGGUUAUUAUAUGGGCUGUAAUCUAAACAGGAAUUACUUUGAUUUGGGUGAGUUUGAAAAGGGAGGAAUUGCUACUAUUUCAGCCAUUUUCGGGUCCCCUAACUUUGAAUCAGAGAGUGUAAAGGGUGAGAGUUUAGUAGAUUUGAAACUAGGAAGAUCAAGUGAUAUUGGAAAGGGAUUUACAACUUCUCUUAUGGACCCAUUUGCUGCAUCGGCUGGAUCAUCGAAGAGGCCUCGUACACCAAGUAGCAGUGGCCAAGUCAUUUCGUGCUUGGUCGAUGGGUGCAAAUCCGAUCUUAGUAAAUGUCGAGAUUAUCAUCGACGUCACAAGGUUUGUGAGCUGCAUUCCAAGACCCCUAGAGUUACUAUUGGGGGUCAUGAACAGCGUUUCUGUCAGCAAUGCAGCAGGUUCCAUGCACUAGGGGAAUUCGACGAGGGAAAGCGGAGUUGUCGGAAACGUCUUGAAGGUCAUAAUCGUCGUAGAAGGAAGCCUCAGCCUGAACCCCUGCCUGUGAAUCCUGGAAGUUUCAUUUCUACUACUAACCAAGGUAGUAGACUUUUGGCAUUCAACCAGCCAAUAAUUCCAGCUUCAUCAGUAGUAACCACCACUUGGUCUGGUGCUGUCAAAACCGAGAGCAAUCAGACACUUUACAGUACGAGUAGCUCGGUACCUAGCUCGUAUUCUCACGCCUACAGAAGUAGGCAGUUUCCGUUCUUACAAGUGCCUGAAUCCCCGCUUCCUGGAGUUUCGCUAGCUGGUCAAACAAUCCAUCACGAUCCCAACAAUAAUGAUGGCGGCAGCAGCAACAGCGGCAACACCAAUACCCAGAAAUCGCUGUUCUGUAACGGCCUAAACCAAGUGCUUGACUCGGAUCGUGCUCUCUCUCUUCUGUCAUCAUCGUCUGCUGAGACUCCCGAGAUGGGUUUGGGCCGUAUGAUCCAUCAUCCCAGCCCGAUAAACCCAACUCGGUCGAUGCUCCCUAGUCUGCAUUACAGCAAUCUAACCUCCCCUUCUCAGUACCCUGGCUCAGCACAAGGGCAUGGUUUGGAAGGACAUCCAGAAAGUUCUGGAUUGUUCUCUAACUUAAGAAACAACAACUUCUGUCAGGAUGUUUUCCAGAAUGAUACUGAUCCAUCACCAGCUAGUGGAAGUCAUCAAACACUUUCCUUCACUUGGGAGUAAAUUCAGUUGUGAUUUGGUAGUUAUUUAUCUUCCUAAUCCUAAUUAGUCCCUACUUAUGGAUACUUUACUGUAUGAUCACUUUUUUUUUUUAAGUUUUCAAGAAUUUAGCUUUUUCUUGAAUUUGGUACAUUUGAUUGCCUCCUAAAUCUUGUGUUUCUUGGAUACUCCUAUUUUUAGAAUAUUGUCUCACUUUCUAAUUUCUACAUUUAAUCGCCCUU